AUACACCAGCAAUUAAUUGAAUUGGGUCAUUCAGUUGCUCUGGCACUAUCCGUCAACGUGCACAGAAUUCCCGUCAGGCUGAGUGCACACUGCACGACUCCCCUGUCGACUGACAUCGACUGCAGCACGCUGAUACUGGAGGGCACACGGAAGUUCGUUCGUACACGUUGACCACCGUUAUAUUCGAGUUAUCGCAUCGUGGAUUAUUCAGGUCGCUUGAAGGAGGCAGACGACAUACAGUGUCAAACAUGGCCGCACACUCGCACCCAGCCCGGCGAGUGGUGAUAGCUAUGGACGGCAGCGACUACUCCGUGAGAGCAUUUGAAUGGUACGUGGCCAACCUCCAUACAACUAAUGACGAGUACGAAGCAGUGAUUGGCUACUGUCCGGAAUAUGGCCACUUCUUCCAUUCUCCACUGUUUUCCUUCAACGCAGACGCCGCGGAGAUUGCCGAACACUUUCGGAAAGAAGAGGAACACAUUCAGAGCGUCUGCGCGAGUCUCAACAACCGGCUUGAGGAGUCUGGGAUUCACGGGCGCGUGGUGAGACUGGCGGACAAGUGCCCAGGGAACGCCAUUGUGCGUCUGGCAGAGGAGGAGGAAGCGGAGUGUAUCGUGACGGGUACCCGGGGACACAGCAAGUUGAGACAGACGCUGCUAGGCAGCGUGAGUCAGUACAUCGUGCAUCACGCGCACAUUCCCGUAUUUGUUUGCAAAGACAAGAAAGGGAAAUAACUCGUGUAUACGUAGAUUGUUAUUCAUGACAUGUAAGAUUUAACAUGGGACGUUCAUGCAUUUUCUCAUCAGUGCAUUAUUCAAAAGUCACCUAUAUCAUUUACAAGAGAACAGAGAAGGUAAUAUCGUUAUGUUAAGGAAGUUAACUAUUCAUGCACUGUCCUGUUUGUUAUGGACCGCCUCAGUGGUCUAGUGGUAGAGCGUCCGCCCGAAGAGCGGAAUGUCCGGAGCUCGAUCCCCGGCCGAGCAUACCAAAAGACGUUACAAAAAGGUACUUGUUGUUACCCUGCCUGGCGCUCGGCAAGGGGAUAACACAAUGACUGGUCGGCCCCGAGUCAGAAUACUGUGUCUGAGUUGGCUAUUCAUGUAAAGAAAUUAAUUUGUAAUCACAUGACUCCUAUCAUGUUUGAAACGUACAUUUGUGCCGAAAAAAGCCUUUUUUCAAUUUUCAAAGAAUAAAUGUCUAAAAUACC